AUGGAGUCGGAGUUUCCUCAGGAAUUGCAAACACAAGCCUACGGAAUUCUGAGCUCCAACGAUGUUGAGCCAUUGGAAACACUCUUUUCUCACGUGUUUGGCUCCCAAGAACCCCAAAGAUGUAGCCCUGUCUCUGACACUAGGUCCAGGUCUGCGCUUGUGCUUCGUUAUCUCAAAAUCUGUGACCUUUGGCCUAACUUGUCUCUAAUUGCUCAAAAUUACAUGAAAUCCCACUUCCUUGUUUGUCUUCAAGAGGAAGUUUCAAUGCCCACUUUGAGACUACUUUGUGGCAUUGUGUCUGAAAUGGGCUCUGAGAUUUCCAAGGCUGGCAAUGAGUGGCCAGAGCUGAUGGAGUUUCUGUUGAACUCUAUUCAAUCGGAUUAUGAAAAGUUGCAACAAUGUGCAUUAUGGGUGUUGGCUUAUUUGCCAAAAGGGUUCCGUCCGGUUGUUUGUGAAGCUUUGGUUCCUAGCCUUGAACCUUUACACUCGGCAAUAUUACAAGCCUUGAGUUCCUCCAAUGCUGAUAUUCAGGUUACUGCAUUUGGUGCUGUGGUUAGUUUGAUAGGUUUGUUUACGAGUUCAAAGGGGCGGAACUGGUUUAAUGACCUUUUGAGAGCAAUGAUGGUGGGACUGUUUAACUUGUUGAGUCACUUGAAAGAAGAAUAUGCUCGUGGGGCUGUCAAUGAGUUAAUAAUGCUGGUCAUGGAUGAGCCUCAGAUGUUGAAGCCAUACCUUAACCAUCUAGUACUUGACAUGCUUAAUGUGCUAGAGUGUAAAAAAGUGACAGAUGAAACGAAACUGUUUGUUGACAAGUUCUUGCUCGCAAUGGCAGAAGCCACGGAUUUGGCACCUAUGAUGAGAGAGCUACCUCAUGAAACAAUGGUUAGGCUAUAA